AUGGGUAUCAACAAUCCUAUUCCUAGAUCUCUUAAAUCUGAGACGAAAAAAGCAGCCAAGGUUCUUGCAUCCUUCGUUAAACCCAAUCAGGUUCUUUCGGCAAACGAUGUUAUUCCUCCAGAAGUUUUGAAAAGUGCAAAGGGUCUAGCAAUUAUCACCGUUUUGAAAGCUGGGUUCCUUUUCAGUGGUAGAGCAGGAUCCGGUGUUAUCGUGGCUAGAUUGCCUGAUGGUGGCUGGUCUGCUCCUUCUGCCAUCGCAAUGGCUGGUGCUGGUGCUGGUGGUAUGGUAGGGCUUGAAUUGACCGAUUUUGUUUUCAUCUUGAACACUGCGGAUGCAGUUAAAUCUUUUUCACAGUUCGGUUCUAUCACUUUGGGUGGUAACGUCUCUGUUGCGGCUGGUCCAUUGGGUAGAAACGCAGAAGCUGCAGCUUCUGCAUCCACUAGCGGUGUUGCUGCCAUCUUCGCUUAUUCUAAGACUAAAGGUUUAUUUGCCGGUGUCUCGUUAGAAGGUUCGGUGAUCAUUGAAAGAAGAGAGGCAAACAGAAAGUUCUACGGUAACAAUUGUACCGCAAAGAUGAUUCUAUCUGGCCGUGUCAGACCUCCUCCAUCGGUAGACCCUCUAUUCCGUGUUCUAGAGUCCCGUGCCUUCAACUAUAGAUCUCCAAGAGGUGACAACUACGAUGAUGAUGACGACUACGACGAAGACGAAGACGGAGAGUACUAUAACGAUAUCCCAUCUAGCUUCGAUUCAGAUGAUUUGGAUUCUCAAAGACCUAACACUAGAUCCACUAGAAGAAGGGCUAAUUCAUACAGAUCUACAACUAGCGAUGACUCGGAUGAUUACCUGGAUGAAGAUGAAGAACGCUACUCAUCAUCUCGUUAUUCUAGGAGACAAGGACCCUCUUCUAACUCUCGUUGGGAAGAUGAAGUUUAUGACUUAAAUGAUAGAUUCGAAAGAACAAACCUCAAUACAAGGAACGCUAGAGGUGGUCCUUCAAGACCAAAAUCGGAAAAACCAGACUUUGGAUCCAGUUCGUUCUCCCGUGGUAGCCCAAGAGGUAACUCUUCUGCUAACUCUCCAGCUAGAAAUUCCGGUGCACCAAAGGCUGUAGCUCUUUACACUUUCAAAGGUGAAGAAAGCGGAGACUUGCCGUUCAGAAAGGGCGACGUUAUCUCAAUUAUCAAGAAAUCUGAAUCGCAAGACGACUGGUGGACAGGAAGAGUCAAUGGUAAAGAAGGUAUUUUCCCAGCCAAUUAUGUUGAAUUGGUGUAA